UUACGAGUAUUUAUAGCAUAUUUAUCUUGAAACAAGGAUGAAUUUGUCUGAUUCCAAUAUAUCGACAGAAUUAAGCACAUCUUCACAUGUAACAGCAUUUUCUGGCUUAAAAGAUAACGAGGAUGAUUCAUCCAGUAAUUUAGAGACUACUUAUCCGGAAAAUAUAUCAUUAGACAAUACAUUGCUUUUAAAAAAUUCAUUAAGCAAUACGUUGUCAUUAGAAAAGCCUUUAGAAAAUGUUUUUCGUUCAAAUAAUAUGUUAAAUAAUGUAUUAAAUAGCUUAUCGAAAAAUGUUAUAGAUACACCUGUACUUUUAACUUCUGCUUUGCAGGCACCCACUUUACAAACAAACAUGGAAACUCAAAAAUCAACUUCACUAAAUAUUUCGUCAAACCUCCCUCUUAAUGCAGUAUAUACACAUAAAAAAGACCAAACAAUUGAUUUUCUAGCCAAUGAUUCGAAACAUAUCUUUGAAGAAAUGGUUCAAAGAAAACAAAAAAAAGAAUUAAGUGAUGCCAUGUAUAAUAAAAAAAUUAAUUCUAACACUUCGACCUUAUCAAAUAAAAUAUCUAAUCAUAAUAUGGAUAUACUUCUUGACGAUAAAACAUAUGAUUCUUGUGAUUAUAACACCGAUUUUUCUAAAUAUUAUGAAACGAACGAAAAUGAAGACGAAAUCUCUCAAGAAAGCAAGAACAUUCCAUUUAAAUUUCCUGGAAUUCCUAUUCCUAAUCUUCCUUUUGCAACUAUUAUGGAUACACAGGCCGAUAAUCUACAUUUAGAGAAAACAACAAUACAAAAUAAAGUUAAUAUUAUCAAGAAAAAUGAAACCCCUAUACUAAAAAAUCAGUUGAGACCUAAGGAUCCAGAAGAUCUUCUUCGAUACGAAUUACGUAAAUGUUUUAGCGUUUACGCAGUAACGGGAGACACUAGAAGCUGCGUUAGAACAGUAUAUGAUUUAAUGAAGGAUAUAGUUGAAGAUAAAACCAAAAUUGCAAUGUUAGAAAUAUUAAAAGGGGGAAUAAAAGAUGAUAUUGUAGAAGCAUUCAUCGAAAACAAACAGGUUUUAGGAAGGAUAAGGAAUUGGCUAGUCAACGCUAUAAAUGAAAAGAAAAACAUGGUGAUUAUAGCUAUUUUGAAGAUUAUGAAUAUAUUAAAACUAGACUCCUCUAUUUUAGCUGAGCUAAAAAUGGGAAAACCAAUAAUAAUUUUGGCAAAAAAAUCGGAAAAUGAAACUGUUAAACAACUUUCUAUUAAAUGGCUAGAAGCAGCAGAAAAAUCUUUAUCAUUAGAGAAACCUAUAGAGAACUCAACGGCUGUUAACGUACCACCUAUUUCUAUGACUGAAGACACAUCAAAAAAGAAACAAAAGACCGUUUCAAAUGAUCCCGUUUUUAAAUCCUCUGUAACUCCGAAACCUACUUCAACAAAGCCAGUAGUUAAAUCUCAAAAGGUUCAGGCAGUAGCAAAUACUGAUUUUUUUAAAAACCUCUCGACCUCUACAGCAAAAGCUUCCCAAAAACCCUCUCUUUCUAGUGUUCUUGCACAGAUAAAAGCGCCCAAAAAGCAAAAUACCACUCAACCUCAAGUAAUUGAAACAAUCUCGUCUAUUUCUAAGAAAUUUACAAGUGUAUUGGAAGAAGUCCCUGGUUGUCAGCCUACUCCAGAAACAAUUACACCAAAUACUAAUAUAGUUCUGGAUGAUGUACCUAAAAAAAAAAGGAAAUGUGUUUCAUGGAAGUCAGAUGAUACUCUUGUUGAAAUUAGAGUAUUUGAACCUAUUGAACCUGAAGAUACAGAUGAUACAUAUAUUCAUAUUUCACGCGAGUUUAAAAAUGCUAGAGAUUUAGAUAUUUAUGAGGGACGUGCAGCAUUUAGUAAAACACAUAAUAUAGAAGACGAUAUGAUGACGUGGCGUGAGCCAGAAGAUAUCGAUUUUUCACAUUUAGAGUCACAAUUAUCUAAACUUGGGCCAAAGAGAGGAGGAAUUAGUAAAUGUGAUAGCGAUGAAUAUAAAAUACAGGAGGAGAGGGAACGUUUUGUGUUUUUAGUAUCCUAUCUUUAUGAGAAAGAUAUUCCACACUCACCUACAGAGCCUAAUGCUAACUCUGAUGGAUUUUUUACCGAGACGAAAAUAAUACCCCUACCUAGUGAUAUGAAAGAUUUACAUACAUCUGACUAUUUGUUUCAACAUAACCAAGGAUCUGCAAAUAAUUUAUCAUUUUCAAACAUUAAUCAAAAUACUAUUCCUUUAACCAAUUCUUCAUCAUUUAAUAACACUCAAGCUAAUAUCACUUCUAUUUUGCAAAAUUUAUUAAAUGCUUCUGGACAAGCAACUCUCAAUAAUCCAUCAUCCAUACCUUCAGUUCCACAAACAAUGCAAUAUUUUCCUUUACCAUCUUCUACCUUUUCUCCCGUCAACAUUGCAAAUAUAACUAAUAUAUUACAAAUACUUCAACAGACACAAAAAAAACCAUUACAAUCAUCUCUUCCUACUCCUACUGUUUCGUCAACUGCUUCGCCUUUCAACUUUAAUGCUUUACUUGGCGGACAACAAAAAAAUCUUUCUUAUACUGAUUGGAAUGAACGAAACGAUAUAUCACGUUCAAGAGACAAAAGACAUCGAACUCAAAGGCGCCGUCGUUAAUAAUUUAUUUAUAUUUUGUCAAAAUAUAUAAAGGUUUAUUAUUCAAUCUAUUUUUAUCAUUACAUAAUUCUUAUUUCUAAACAAAAAAUUAUCUGGA